CAGGCAGGUCACCCGUACAUUAGCUCACUCGCCGAUCCCCAGACAUGAAGGUUCUCGUUCUUCUCGCUUUGGUGGGCGCCACCUGCGCCGCCGCCCUUCCCAUGGAAGUUCCUGUCCCCGUGACGGACACUGAGGAAGUGGUGCAAGCCAAAGCUGAGUUCGAGGCAGCCUUCAAGGCCGCCGCCGCCGCUGCUGCUGCUGACGAAGUCCCUGAAGUUGUUGUUCCCGAGGGCGCCCCCCUACCUGUGGAAGACACCGAGGAAGUCGCUGCUGCCAAGGCCGAGUUCAAUGCUGCCUUUGAGGCUGCUAUUGCUGCUGACGGUUCUCUCCCCGAACUCGUAGUACCAGAGGGUGCUCCCCUACCUGUUGAAGACACUGAAGAAGUCGCUGCUGCUAAGGCUAACUUCCAGGCUGCUUUUGACGCCGCUGCAGCUCGUGCUGAAGCCGCCCCCGACACCGACCUGGAUGGUAAAAUCUCCACCUACACCGGCCUCCUCUCCACCAUCGACGGCAGACUGUCUCCCUUCUACACCAACACCUUCCCAUACGGUGCCUACGGUUUCCACGCCCCCUUGUUUGCUGGAGCCCCAGUAGUUGCUGGAACUAACGCAAUCGCUGGAUCCCCUCUGACCUACAGUGGUCUUGGCCUCCCAGCAACCUUUGGUCUUCACGGUACUUAUGCCUUCCCCGGCGCUUUCGGUCUCCACGGCAUUCCUUUCAUCCAGCUCGCCGACGCCGAGGCUGAGUAGGACUCAUCUAGUUUGCUACCUUCUGUAUGUGAGAAUUUUGUAACAUAAGAACUCAAAAAAUAAAAUCAGUACCAUGCCUUUACAAAUUAUUUUAUUUUUUGUUACAUCAAUGUUGAUAAACCUGUAAACAGCUAAAAAUAAAAUUUCCCAUGGAAACCCAAUUUGAAAA